AUGGCUGAUCGACCCAAGACCUCGAGGCACUCGCGCCAGGCAAAGCAACCGAAAAAUGCAAAGCAGAACGAGCAGGCGCAGGCAACCCCUUCCAAGCCGUCAGAGACGCCGAAACUGGCGAAGAAGCCGGAACAGGUUGGGAAGGCGCAGCAGCCCAUGGAGGGAGAGCAACAACAGCCACAGAUGCCCAAUGUGGAGGAUGUUUGGACUGAGGCUCAGAAGAUCCGCAAGCUCUUGAGCUCGCAGGUUGCGAAGCUCCGACGUGAGGAGGAUGUGAGCAACAUUCCACGGUACGAGAAGUUGGCCGAGAUCCUUGCCCAUUUGCGCCUGCUCUGCGUGCAGACCCUCUUCAUGGACUACAUCUAUGCUGCCAAAGAAAACGUCGAGGAGACUCUUUGGCAGGCGCACGUUCUGGUCAACAGCGAGUAUCGCAAUUCACUCAACCGAGUCCGAACAGCCCAGCUCGCAGUGCUUAAGAGCAAGCUCGAGACGCCCUACGUCCGGUUCCUCAAGCUUUCCCAGCGCUUCUACGAGGAAUACAUCCGGCGCCUUGCCAAUCGAUACGGCAUUCCUGAAUUGCAGGUGGCUGCUAGACGCAUCUCGUCCGAACAAAAGGAUGCCGAAGACUCCAACAGUGGCAACGGCGGGAAGGACCGAACCAAUGAUGUCCCUUCAUCCAUCCGUCUCAUGGCCCUCCAUUCUUGCUACAUGACUCUCAUCCGCCUAGGCGAUCUGGUUCGGUACCGACUCCAGGUCCGCCACAACAAGAAGCCCAGUACCCAUCUGGCUUUGACUUAUUACGAACUUGCUCACGAUCUUAAGCCGACCGUGGGCCACGCUCACCACCAGAUGGCCAUCAUCUACCUGGAUGAGAAGCGUGACUUCGACAUUGUCUACCACUUCUUCCGGUCUCUCGCUAUUGAAGAACCCCAUCCGCGCGCUACCAACAACCUCGAGCUCCAGUUUAAGGCAACCCUCAGCUCUGUCAAGUCUGGCAUGCCCAAGCAAUCCGGCCCUUACGAUCCUCUCAUGAUGUGGUUCCUCAGGCUUCAUGCCUAUUGUUACCGUGGAGAGCCUUUCCCCCAGCAGCGCGAGCUGGAGGCUGAGGUCAUCCAUCGCCUCGAUGCCGCUAUUAGAGAUCCUGACGCAAGCGCGAUGCUUCUGAAGAUGGUACUUAUCAAUAUGGCCGCUUACUAUGUGGCUACACAGUCGGUCAAGGAAAACGAGGCCUCGCUCUACCCGAAGAAUAUCUUGCGCCUCAAUUUCCUCUUCUUCGGCACUAUUUUGAACAUCUUCAAGACAGAGCUGGAGACCUUGAAGGUUGAGCGCAUCGACUGGGAGGACGCACACGCCGGCAAGGAUUUGUCGGACAACAACAGCACGCGGCCCCAGUCGACUCCGACAGAGCUUGUGAUCCUUCCGCUCGUGCGCCUAUACACAUCUUGGCUCGUUGCCUGCCGCGCUGAAGUUGGCGUAGCUUCACCGAAUGUGCCCGUUGAGCAAGUUGGGAAGCUGCUUGCUGAAUGCCUCAGCCUCAUCGCUGAGCUGCACGGCGGCGACGGCUUGAGCCUCGCACCCCACAUGCUUCCGGAAGACCACAUGGCCAUUGGUCUUCUCCCCCUCAACGAUCCGACACUCGAACCGAGAUGCCGUUUAUCGUUCAACCAGGAGCUCAACGUGGUGAAGCCCCUGUGUGACUACUAUGAUGGCAAACUCUUGGAAGGCUGGGAGGCUGGCCUUGCCCGCAUGCUGGAUGUUCUUCUCUGUGGCUAUGCCUUGACCGAGGAUUCAGCACUUCCGUUCGCUUUCCAUGAGGAUCGACUUGUCUUCACUUACGGCGAGGUCGUUCCGACCACCCAGGAGACUCAAGCCUCCCCUCAGCAGUACGGUACUCAAGAGCCCUCUCAGUCAGCUGGAUACGUCAAGAAUCCCGAGAGCGUUAGACAGCCUGCUGCUGGUGACAGCCGACCUUCGCUUGAGGUGGCCCCAAAUGACGCCAGCAGCAAUUUGGUCAAGGGUUCAAAUGCAGCGCACGAGAGUGGCCGCAACGGAUACGUCAGUGGCAAUUGUUACGGCCCGAACACAGUGCCUAUCCAGCCAAAGAACGCAACCAUGAACACAACUGAAUAUGACUUCAGCGAGAAUAGCGAGGUCAUGAAUAUGGUAAACGAUUUCAUGCAACCCCCGGAUGCUCACUCAGGCAUGGACAACUUCCCUGCGUCUGCUCAGCAGGAACACGAUGAUUCAUCCUAUGGAAUGCACUCUGCCACUGCUAACGAAGUCUUUGGCGGUGCGCGCCCCAGAGACCCGUCUGCUUUCGGCGCUGCAAGUGCCAGCGCCUUUCCUGCUCUGCCCUGGAGCAUGGUCUAUCAGCCUACCCCUAACACGAGAUCUGCGGAGCUUGCACGCCCGGAUGUAUUCUCCAAUCCUGCUCUUGCCAACCACGAUGGUCAAGAUUUCGGCGGUGCAUUCAGCAACAUGAACCUCCAGGGACACCAGGUCGGCAACGGCAGGGUCCACAGCCUUGCAGAACAAUAUCCGCAAUACGGCCCCCUGUCGCCCGACGUUGGUCUCGCAGCCCACCGCGCCCGCCUGCUCCAAGCCUUCGAUGUUCCCAAGGCCACGUCUCGCUCGGCCAGCCAAGAUUACACGGCUGCCGGCGCCGACGCUUGGCCUCGCGCCUUGCCGCCGACCAACGGUCACGGAAGCCAAGGCGGCCGUUCCAUGUCACACUCUCAUGGCUACGGUGGUUCGCGCUCGACCCUCGCCAAUGCCGACAAGCAGGAGCAGCAGCUCUUCUCGCACGAAGGACACUUUCCUGGAUCGAGCAUGGCAUUCUCGCAAGCCAGCAGCCUCUUUCAGAGCACACCCUAUAACUGGGACCCCAAGUUCGGCCCCCUCACGGCCUUUGGCCGCGGCAGCCUCCAGGGCACGGAUGAUCCGACCCAUUACAAAAACCUGAUUAGGAGCAGCGCCAACGAGACGGACGCCUACGCUGGCAGCUAUGACCAGAUGGUCCUCCAGGCUGCGCGGAGAGGCGGCGACGACGACGAAAGCCAACGUCGCGCCCGCUAG